CACACACCAGGGUGGCGGGACCCAACCCCCAACUGACACCCGGUACCCAUUCACUGCUGGGUGAACAGGGAGCACGGAUUAAAGGAGACCGUCCAUCUGUCUCCACUCCGCCCGGGAGUCAGACCUGGGACCUCUCGGUUGUGAGGAGUUAACGGCAGAUCGAAAGGCAGUGACUCUGGUAGAGUCAACCGGCUGGACGCCGAUUGCUACCAGUACUGGUAGGAUGUCAGGGUUGACAUCUGCACUGGAAGGGUCGACGGAGGUACCUCUGGGCAUUGCGGAAAAAGUGAUGGAAGGAGGCACAGACGGUAUCAGGUUCAAGACCACUGACUGGGCUGUAUUUUCUCUAAUGCUGGUAGCGUCCGCGAUAAUUGGACUGUACACUGCCUUCAGGAACAGGAACUGGGCUACUACCCAUAACUACCUCAUAGGUGGUGGCAACAUGCCGCCCCUGGCUGUGGCGCUCUCUCUGAUGGGAGGCUGGAUCUCCGCCAUCUCUAUCCUAGGUAACGCGACGGAGGUCUAUUUGUACGGCACCCAGAUCGCCGUCUCCCUGCUCGGAUGUGUGCCUGGAGUCUAUGUUGUUCAUAAGAUCAUCCUUCCCAUCUUCUACAACUUGAAGAUAAUCUCUCUGAACGAGUACCUUGAAAGGCGAUACAGGAGUACUCUUCUUCGAAAAAUGUCUUCCUUUGUCUCGCUCCUCAAUCUCGGUCUCUACAUGGGCAUGUGUCUGUACGCUCCUUCCCUUGCCCUUGUGACCGUCACAAACCUCUCCACCUUUGCUUCUAUGGCCAUUAUGGGAGCCGUCGUGACUUUCUACAUCACCAUAGGCGGUGUGAGGGCGGUGGUGUACACAGACGUGUUGCAGACGCUGCUCAUGUUUGUAUCUGUGCUGGCGGUGGUGGUGCUGGUCUGCGUUGACCUGGGCGGCGUGGGGGAGGUGUGGGCCACAGCGGGACGAGGCGGCAGACUUGAGUUCUUCAACCAAGACCUGAGCCCUUACGUUCGCCACACGUUGUGGUCCACCUUUUGCAUGGGCUUUUUUCUCGUCAUCACCAGCGUUGGUCUCUGCCAGACGUCUUACCAACGAUUCGCCGCUGUUAGCACGCUGAAGACAGCUCAAGGACUGCUGUGGUUUUUCCUGGCGGGCCUGUGGUGUCUAUGGAUCAUGUUUUUCUUCUCCGGCCUGGUCGCCUACGCCACCUACAGCACCUGCGACCCUCUGACGUCAGGGAAAAUUACCAAGGCUGACCAGAUCAUCCCCUUCCUGGUAAUUGACAAGCUGAGCCACAUCCCCGGCAUAUCCGGCCUCUUCGUGGCGGCGGUAUAUAGCGCAGUGCUGAGCACACUGUCCUCCUCGGGCAACUCUGCGGCUUGUACAAUAUGGGAGGACUUCCUCAAGCCUCUUCCCUUUUUCAGUGGACUUAGCAACAAGACUGCAACAUUCGUGGUCAAGAUGUUAUCGUCCCUCACAGGCGUGGUGGCCGUGGCGCUCGGCCAUCUAAUCGGCAACUUGGGCAACAUUUUCAACAUUAUUUUCAGUAUUACCACAGCCAUCUCUGGGCCAAUCGCGGGGGUGUUUCUAGCGGGUAUCCUACUUCCCUGGGUCAACGCCAAGAGCGCGUUUUCUGGGUUCGUGGCGUCCUUCUGUUAUAGUAUGUGGAUAGUGGUAGGGAAGUUCCUGAGAGGCGGGGGAUCACCACCACAAUUAACGCUCUCAAUGGACGGUUGUGUUGCCCCGGUUAAUGUAACGCUGGGGUAUCUGACAACUACAAUCGUUCCGAAAACUGUUGACCAAAUGGAAACGAGUGCCUACGACAUUUCGUACUGCUAUAACACUCUAAUAGGAAUUGCCAUCACCAUGCUGAUCAGCAGCUUGGUGACGCUAAUAACAGGACCCAACUCCCCGGGAGAAGUGAAGAGUGAGCUACUCAAUCCUACCAGUGAGAGGAUGUACAGGUGGGCGUGGCGAAGGUGUCAAAGGCGACGCAAAAACACGGUGGCUCUGCCGAUCACCAGUUGUCAGGGAGAUAAAGAGGAGGUCGGCACGAUGCUAUCUCCAGUAACGUCUAAUCUUAUCCCUAAACCGCUAUACGAAGUGUAUGAAGCUUAAAAUUACCUUUAUAUAUGGAAUUAUUUUUUUCAGAACAAUAACUGUUAUCAAAAUGCCUAGUAAUUACUGAUUCCAUGUUACGACUUUCCUGACAUUCCCCCUUAAAUUACUCCCUAUGUUCACGUGGCCAGACUGCUAUGGUUUAUCCCCUACGUCCGGUUGUCGAAUUGCAUUCAGCACCAGUGCAGUUUCCAUUGAGCGGAAUGCCUUUUUGUCAAUGAAUGCCAAACAAAGACGGUUUUCUAAACUCAGUUGUUUACUUUAUUACCUGGUAUACUUUAUGAAUGUAAUCCACGGUUGAGAAACCUCUCACACAUUCAUAUUAAAGUCGUUUAAACUGAUAUUUUUAAUGACAUUAAUGAUGUGUAAUCAUAUUUCGUACUCAUCAAUAAGAGAAUCAACCUUAUUUCGGUUAAUUUCCAGUGUCAAGGUUUACUUUUUUUGCUACAUCAAUAGCUAUUUUAUGUUGGGUAUUGUUUUUUCUCAUAAAUCAAUGUAACCGUCAGUGGCAAUCCAGUGGUCACAUCACUCGUCUGGGUCUUUCUUAAUCCGUGAAUGGAAUUGCGGUAAAAAUGGGUUUAGUUUACUCCAGGCAAGAUGAGACAUGGUUGCAAGGACAAGUCACAUGCAGGCAAAGGUAUUUCCAAUCCAACAAAUGUUCACGGAAUGUCAUUACAAGGUGACACUACGUACAUCUGAUGAUUUAGUAAGAGUCGAUAGCACUGCCAAAAAGGGUUGUGCACCGUAUCUACAUCCCACAAGUGAACACUUCCAGUACUGCUGGAAUGUCGGGGUUACCGUCUGAACUGGAAGGGUCCACGGAAGUACCUCUGGAAAUGGUUGGGAUUUGUGAUAGAGGAAGGCACAGUCGUCAAAUUUAAGAACAUUGACUGGGCCGUGUUCUCUCUAAUGCUGGUGGCGUCAGUGCUCAUUGGAGUGUGUACUGGUUUCAGGGACAGGAACAAGGCCAAUACGCAUAACUACCUCAUUGGUAUUCACAACAUGCCGCCCCUGGCUGUGGCGCUCUCUCUGAUGGGAGGCUUUAUUUCAACCAUUUCCAUCCUGGGUAAGGCACAGAUAACAUAAUCACUUUACACAGCCGCUUGAAAAAAUGUAAAUUGAGUUUAAACAUCUUUUCUCUUCUCAAUAUUAUGCAAUUUCUGAUGGGGAAAAUCAAUUUUCAGUUAAUAUAAUUUUCUUACUGCAAUUGAUAAACCAUUGCAUUCUUAGAGCUGCAAGUUUGUUUGUUUUCUCGUGUGUGUGUGUGUGUGUGUGUGUGUGUGUGUGUGUGUGUGUGUGUGUGUGUGUGUGUGUGUGUGUGUGUGUGUGUGUGUAUGUGACAAUCUUUUUUUUGUCUCCUCUUAUGUGAACGUUAGAAAAAAAUUCAUAAUUGCUAAACUAUAACAUAUCCUCACGAACAUGUCCAUAUCAGAGAAAUAAGGUUUCUAAAUAUAUUCUGGUGGCUUUCAUUGAUCAAGGGAAAGGAGCAUAUU